CAAAUAAUGACCUUGUUCACAGACGUACAUAUUACGAACUAAGUUCGUUGUCCAGUAAUAGAAGGAUUGUCAUGAAGUCGCUUCGGAAUUUUGAUGCUUUUGCGAAACCACUAAAAGAUUUUCGUAUUAAAACAAUGUCUGGAGCUAUGGUUUCAAUAAUAAGUAGUUUUAUCAUCGGUAUUUUGUUCACAUCCGAGCUCCUAUCAUUUAUGCGCCCACAGAAUAAACAGGAAAUUAUUGUGGACGUAAACCGUGGAGAAAAAAUGUCUAUCUAUCUGGACAUUACAUUAAACUUUAUCCCGUGCGCAUUUUUAAGCCUGGAUACAAUGGACACAACGGGCGCACAACAACUGAAUAUUAUGCAUGAAGUCUAUAAGACCAGUGUUUCAGUUGAUGGUACACCUUUGUCGGAUAGUGUUCGCCAUGUUGUUAAUGAUGCUUCGGCUGUCACAACUACGAGAGACCCCAACUACUGUGGCUCUUGUUAUGGAGCAGAGUCUCCUUCAAGAAAGUGCUGUAAUACAUGUGAGGAAGUUCAAAUGGCAUAUAAUGAAAUGCGAUGGGUAUUCGUAAAUAUUUCGGCAUUUGAACAGUGCCGAAAUGAAAACUGGGAUGAAAUAAAACGAAAUAUAGGCAACCAAGGUUGUAGGAUUCACGGAAGUUUAACAGUCAAUCGAGUUGCUGGGGCGUUCCAUAUUGCUCCUGGUCAUAGUUAUACUGAAAAUCAUGCACACGUUCAUAGUAUGCAGAGUCUCGGCUCUACUCAUCUCAACGUAUCUCAUUCAAUCAAGGAGCUUCGUUUCGGUAACUCCUAUCCUGGUCAGCUUAAUCCACUAGAUGAAACAACAAUGGCGGUCCAAGAACAUUCUCGGAUGUUUAUUUAUUACUUAAAACUGGUACCGACUAUGUAUACAGGCGUUGGCAGAAAUGAAAGCACUCUGAUAACUAAUCAAUACUCUGCUACUUGGCAUUCCAAAGGUACAGCUCUAUCUGGUGAUGGUCAAGGAUUACCCGGUGUAUUUUUCAACUAUGAAAUAGCUCCUUUACUUGUCAAAAUUACUGAAGAGGAAAAGUCAUUUAUACAUUUCUUAACAAAUACAUGCGCGAUCAUUGGAGGAGUAUUUACAGUGGCAAGUCUUCUGGAUGCAUUCAUAUAUCAAUCUUCAUGUAUACUACGCGAUCGUCGCCAUAAACAUUAACAUUAUUGAAUGUACAUGAUUAUUUGUAAUUUGGUUAUUCCUCACUUCACUUGUCUAUUGUGUUUGAUAAACUGAUUCAGUGCAAACUAUAGAGUAAUUUAUCAUGUCUUUCGGCCUAUCUUCUAUUUUUUUUUCAUAUGAUUUUCUUUGUUUGUGUACAUUGAUAUCAAUAUAAUGUGUAUGAAUUAUUUUACUCGCUCAGAUGACUUUUACCAUUCAUCAUCAUUCCUUGGUUGAAGUAAUAGACGCCAUAAAUAUGAUAACUAAUAUAAAUAAAUCGUUCAUUG